ACCAAGGCGAAUAAAGCAGCAGCCAUGAGCCAUUAUGAAGUAUAGUGGUAGAAGAUGCAAAUACAAAGGAAAAGCAAGGGCUAAGAAACAAAGUCCCCUGUCCCUAUUAUGCCCAAAAAAUGUUGUAAUUAACGAACAGACAGAACCACAGGGCUCUCUCUUCUCUCUCUCAGUUUGGGAAACGUCGAACACCCUUAACCCAUACACCACCUCCGCACUUCUCUGGCUGAGAAACGAGAGGGUGCCCUCCCUUUAAAGUUCCCAUUUUUAUUUUUUUCAUUGCACCAAGAAAAAACCCUAUUUUCUUAAUCUAGAACUUUGUUUUCUCUGCUCUUUAAACUCGACUAACUCAGUCUUAUUCUUAAGCUACACCCACUUUUUUCUCUUAUCCUACACCCAUCUCUCCUUUUUCAUUUUGAGUAAUUUUUGACAUUAGCUAUGCGGUGUUAGUUUGGGGCAAAGUUUGGUUGCUUCAGAAAAACGUGAGAAUAUAGUUCUACCUAGAUGGCUUGGACUGAGAAAGAUGUAAAUGGGAGAGAGAGAAACAUGAUUACAGAAAAUGGUUUCUUAAAGGAACCACAGUCUUCUUCUGGUCCAAGUAUUUCAACAGCUGAUGUGACUCCACCACAAAAGGCAUUUGCAGAGAAAGAUGCUCUUUCCUAUGCUAACAUCCUUCGGUCCAGGAACAAGUUUGCUGAUGCGCUUGCCCUAUAUGACAGUGUCUUGGAGAAAGAUAGUAGGUGUGUUGAAGCCCACAUUGGAAAAGGGAUAUGCCUGCAGAUGCAGAACAUGGGAAGGCCUGCUUUUGAGAGCUUUGCUGAAGCCAUCAAGUUGGAUCCUCAGAAUGCUUGUGCUCUAACUCACUGUGGUAUACUGUACAAAGAUGAAGGUCGUCUGGUAGAUGCUGCUGAGUCUUAUCAAAAAGCUCUACGAGCAGAAUCUUCAUACAAACCGGCUGCAGAAUGCCUAGCCAUUGUUCUAACUGAUCUGGGAACUAGCUUAAAGCUUGCUGGCAAUACACAGGAGGGAAUUCAGAAGUACUAUGAAGCUCUAAAAAUAGAUCCGCACUAUGCUCCUGCAUACUAUAACCUUGGUGUUGUCUAUUCUGAGAUGAUGCAAUAUGACACAGCCCUUAGUUGCUAUGAGAAGGCUGCACUAGAGAGACCUAUGUAUGCUGAAGCAUAUUGCAACAUGGGUGUCAUUUAUAAAAACCGUGGUGACUUGGAAUCUGCCAUUGCCUGUUAUGAAAGGUGCCUAGCUGUGUCCCCUAACUUUGAGAUUGCCAAAAAUAAUAUGGCGAUUGCCUUAACAGAUUUGGGAACAAAGUUUGCAGGAUACUAUUUUGUUGAAAAUUGGCCUGUUCAACACUCGAGGACUCUGUGUGAUCUGUCUGUUCAGGUUAAGUUGGAGGGAGACAUUAACCAAGGUGUGGCAUAUUAUAAGAAGGCUUUGUAUUAUAAUUGGCACUAUGCAGAUGCUAUGUAUAAUCUUGGGGUUGCUUAUGGUGAAAUGCUGAAGUUUGAUAUGGCAAUUGUGUUCUAUGAACUUGCUUUCCACUUGAACCCCCAUUGUGCCGAGGCAUGCAACAAUUUAGGAGUAAUAUACAAAGAUAGAGACAACCUUGAUAAAGCUGUAGAGUGUUAUCAGUUGGCUUUGUCAAUCAAACCAAACUUCUCUCAGUCAUUGAACAACCUAGGUGUUGUCUACACAGUUCAGGGUAAAAUGGAUGCUGCUGCUAGCAUGAUCGAGAAAGCUAUCAUUGCCAAUCCCACAUAUGCUGAAGCAUAUAAUAACUUAGGGGUUCUUUACAGAGAUGCUGGCAAUAUAUCCAUGGCAAUUACAGCUUAUGAGCAAUGCCUUAAGAUAGAUCCCGAUUCUCGUAAUGCUGGGCAGAAUCGUCUAUUGGCAAUGAACUACAUAAAUGAAGGAGAUGAUGAUAAACUUUUUGAGGCUCACAGGGACUGGGGAAGGCGAUUUAUGAGGUUAUAUCCACAAUGCAAUUCAUGGGACAACCCAAAAGAUCCAGAACGACCUCUUGUGAUUGGAUAUAUUUCACCAGAUUAUUUUACUCAUUCUGUGUCUUAUUUCAUUGAAGCACCUCUUAUUUAUCAUGACUAUGGGAACUACCAGGUGGUUGUUUAUUCAGCAGUAGUGAAGGCUGAUGCAAAGACUAAUAGAUUUAGGGAAAAAGUCAUGAAAAAGGGUGGGGUAUGGAGAGAUAUAUAUGGUAUUGAUGAAAAGAAGGUUGCAAGCAUGGUUAGAGAUGAUAAAAUUGACAUCUUAGUAGAGCUUACUGGUCAUACAGCCAACAACAAAUUGGGAACAAUGGCAUGUCGACCAGCUCCUGUUCAGGUAACUUGGAUUGGUUAUCCCAAUACUACUGGUUUGCCCACCAUUGAUUACCGAAUCACUGAUUCAUUUGCAGAUCCUCCUGAUACAAAGCAGAAGCAUGUUGAAGAGUUAGUUCGACUACCAGAAUGCUUCCUUUGUUAUACUCCUUCCCCAGAGGCUGGACCUGUUUCACCAACUCCUGCUCUUUCCAAUGGGUUCAUUACAUUUGGUAGCUUUAAUAAUCUGGCAAAGAUAACACCCAAGGUAUUGCAAGUUUGGGCAAGGAUAUUAUGUGCUGUUCCAAACUCCCGUCUAGUGGUAAAAUGCAAGCCAUUUUGUUGUGACAGUGUUAGGCAGAAAUUUCUUACGACACUAGAGCAGCUGGGUUUAGAAUCACUCCGUGUUGAUCUUCUCCCUCUAAUUCUUCUUAAUCAUGACCAUAUGCAAGCUUAUUCUCUGAUGGACAUCAGUUUGGACACUUUUCCAUAUGCUGGAACAACGACAACUUGUGAGUCUCUAUACAUGGGAGUGCCAUGUGUUACCAUGGCUGGUUCGGUACAUGCUCACAAUGUUGGUGUUAGUCUUCUCAGCAAAGUUGGGUUACGACAUCUGAUAGCCAAAAAUGAAGAUGAAUAUGUCCAGUUGGCACUACAACUGGCCUCAGAUGUCACUGCACUCCAGAACCUGAGAACAAGUCUUCGAGACCUCAUGUCUAAAUCACCUGUCUGUGAUGGAAAGAACUUUAUCACUGGUUUGGAGGCAACUUAUCGAAACAUGUGGCGUAGGUACUGUAAGGGAGACGUCCCAUCUUUGCGUAAUAUGGAAAUGCUACAAAAACAAGGUGCUCCUGAAGAGCUAACUUUAAAAACUUUCGAACAAGAAAGGAUCACAAUCUCAAGAGACACCUCCCCUGGAUCAGUCAAGUCUAAUGGAUUUAAUCAAGUUCCAUUGCCUAUGCUGAAUCUCACUACUUCUGAAGAGAAUGGAAGUCAUUUGAACCAGACUACAAAUUGAGGCAAGCUGAGCUGACUUCUAAAUUUUUGGUGCUAUGCUGAACUUUGGUGGUUUAUUGAACUGGGAAAUGAAGUCAUUACCUUUUUGGGGGACAAUCCUCCUGUUAGAUACAACUAUUAUGAUCAUAUCCGCAUGAAUUGAGGCUGUUCGAUAACUAUGGUCGCGACUGCAUAUUACCUUAAAUAGUAUUCCAAUUUUUUGGGAGAAAGAAUGCUGGUGGAAGUCGGUAAAAUAUGACUUUAUCGGAUCCUUUCAGAAGAAUAGCGGAUUUGGAAGAGAUGAUGCUAUUGGCUACUGGUAUAGAUAUACCUGAAUUGCUGUCGCAUGCACCCCCCCCCCCCCCCCCCCCCCCCAACUCUGAAGUAGAGUAACUGUUGAAAUUUAGCCCUGGUUUGUAUAUUAUGAGGGCAGUUUUUGUUUUGUUUUAGCAUGGCUUGUGUUUUAGUGGUUCUGAUUGUGGCAUUGUUAGUUUGCUUGCUGGAAGGUGGCUAUAUAUUCUAGUUUCAUGUAUUAAUGUCAUCCUAUAAACUCACAAAAUUUGAUGAAAUAGAACAACCUAAUCUUUAGGCAUUUAUGUGAUUCUUAUAUCAAUGUCACCUGCACAGAGGAUGCAAGUGAUCUUGUGCAUGUAAUGUUUCUUCCUGCUGAUUUAUUAAAUAAAGCCUCAAUUUUUCUCUUGCAAGUGCAAUUGCCCCUGCUUUCUUUUCAGAAUACAUCAUCAAAAAAAC